CAUGCACCACUAACGCAUUUGCUGUCUUGGAGGCUCUGCUGUUCUUCUAACAUGAACAUCAAGUUUUUAUUCUUCGUGGAAAGUUUUGCCUGUAGACGAAUUAGCUAUUCGCGGUUCCUGGUCAUGGCAAUCCCCUAUUCCCGUAUAUCUACACUCACAAGGCAUUAUCUUUUGGUUAGGAGAUCGCUUUACACGUCGCGGGCUGCCACUCGACCAGAAGAGUUCAUGUUGAAUGUUCAGGGGAGAUAGGAUGCCAGGCUCGCUGCUUUUUAUCUGACUUUAAUUUUCCGUUUAUAUUUACUGUCAAGAUGUAAAUACUGAGAACUGAUGCCCAAGCUGUUAUUUACGAUGAGGAUAUAAACAUUAGUUUCCAGAAUUUCCUUCUCUGCUUGGAACUAUCCAACCAGGCAGACAAGCAGCACUGCCUUCACCCCACCAGCUUCCAUUCACUGGCGAGCGAAUCUGUUGCCUUCACGAGAUGUGCUCUGCCAUUGCCAUGGGCUGAUAGCAGGGGAAGAAGUAGGUGGUUGGGCGGGAGAAGUGUGCGUCAGAGCCGGGAUGCUAGAAUGAAAGAUGUGCCUGCACAGUUUGUGCCUUGCUGGCUGCCCUUUUACACCCUUCUUCCCAAGUCUCAGCUGCUGCAAUGGCAGUGUCUCAGACCGCAGCUUUCCGUUUGCAGGGUAACUGCCAAGUCUCGUUAAUGAAGUUCCUUUUAGCGCUGGCCUCAGUGACAGUAAAGAACGGGACCAAGCUGCUGCUUUGCGUCAAGUCUGCUAUCAUUUCGACACCAUCAUAACCGCCGCUAUGAAGAAGAUAGCUCUCAACCUGCUGAAGAGCGCUGAUGAAAAACUGCGCAGCAUAGGCAGCAAACCACAGCAGCAACAGCCUACAUCUUCCCCUGUUACUGCUAGUAGUCAACCUAACGCCGCCAUGGCGGAGCGCCGCGUUCAGAUGCGACAGGGACGGCGGGAUCGUCGCGACGGCGAUGUACAGGCCAAGGAGGACGUCAAGCGCAGGUCCAGGAGCGAGGGACCUACCGCUCGCAGGGUCGCCCACUCCAUGGACGUAGGAAGCGGAAAUGGAAGGCGGGGUUUACCAGGCCAAACAGCAGGCAAUAACUUCGAGAAAAAAGUAGACUCGAAAAUUACCGCCUUAAGUAAAAACCAGCUCUCUACUCUGUGCACCGAUCAGAGAGGAUUUGCAGAUCCUGGUCCCUCUACCUCGGACUCGGAUUCUGAUCAUAUGCAGUGGACAAAAAAUCCUUUAAUGGUGCGCAAGGUCAAAAAGAACAAAUCAGAUAAGCGUAUUACCAGCACUGAAAAAAAUGGCUCAUCUUGUUACAACCAACUUGGCGCGCGCAACACGAAUAGAGAAAGCUGGGUAUUUCUAACGCCAGAAGGAGAUCAAGGAGAACUCAACACUGAACCGACAAAAAAUGAAGGAGGGAGUAAUCCAGGCAGCCUCAAAAGCAAAUAUCAAAAACUAGAAGAAAUGAGGAAGAGAAGGAUAGAUAUCGCGGUGACUUCGGAUGAAGAAACUACACCGGAGUCAAGAAUUUCUCGUCUCAGACAAAGGGCUUUGCAAGGAGGACUGGUAAAUCAGAAGAAACCUGAAAACUUUGCUUUGACAGUCUCUGAUCAUAACGGAUGGACACCUACUUCUGAUCACAGGGUAGCCCAGACAGUGAUGUCUGACCAGGGUUCACGAAUUUCCCGUGUGCAGCCAUCCCAUGAUCCUGGUCACAGCUUCAGCCAGCAACCUCUUCCUCUAGAUUGUAGAAACGAGCUGUCGACCUCGCAUUCAUCUCCUGCACCUGUUGUCAGCCAGAGGCUCGUCAGUCGCAGCCCAAUGGAGCUGACUACACAAGCAACACAGCCUCAACUUGGUAGCCGAUCUGUGAGCAUAGUGAGCUAUGCUCAACCUACACCUGGGAGAGCCCCUGGAACAGGCUAUACUCAGCCUUUACAACAGCGCCAACAGCUCAUGCACCAGAGACAGCAUAAUGAAAUCAAGCAGAGUGUGGUAAAACCAUUCACAAACAGUGAGGUAGCUGAUGUGUCGUCUCCCAUUCCUGCAGUUCGUCAGCAGUUUUACACCAUCCCUGAACCUCAAGCUGCCCAUCGUACCUAUCACAGCAGCUCCCCUGAGUUUCAGGUUCGCAAAAUAAACUCCACUGUGCGUAUACCUUCCGCGGACUCCAUCUAUGACAGUGUUGCUUUUUCUCAACAGUCAGAAAAAACAAGGAACGGCGUGCACAGGACAAAUACAGAGACACAGCAGGUCUUUGCUCAAGUGAAUCCACCAUCCAGUCGACAAGGUAGUAGUGAGGCGAGGAACUACUGUGCAGAACAUUGCGCUGACGAGCUGCUGAUGAAGGGUGACAAACGGCACAUUUACCGCAGUUUCAACGAAGUGGUGGAACUGAGAUUAAAGACACAACCCCACUCAAAGGAACGACCUCUGUCUCAGGGUUUUGAAGCCACAAAACUGUUACAAAGUGUUCAUCAGCAAGAUGGUGGGGUCAAAAGUGAGGACUCACUUGACGAACUAAUUGAAUCUAAUAUUCAGUAUCUCGAGAGAGAAAUCGACAGAAGCAAGACGAAGAAAACAGGGGUUUCAGUGUCACGAUCGUCCAGUCUUCCUGAUCCUCGUCGAGUGACAGCUACCAUAUCCAAGCCCUCUGUAACAGUCAGUGGUCAGCAGCAGAGCGGGGUGUUGAGUGAUCAACAACAACAAAGUGGACUACUUGAUAGUCAGCAACAACCUGGGGCAGUCAGCGUAUGCACACGAACUAACAGCAAGCUGCACUUUCACGUUCCUCUUCCGUCGACCAGCUUGCAACCUACACCUCAGCUACUGAUCGCGGAAGAAAACCAGUUCUCUGACUCAACGUAUCCUGCCCAGAGCACUGCCUACCCGCAAUAUAACACAAACAAAAUUGACAGAAAGUACUCCUAUGACAGCAAAACUCGACCGCCACGAUCCAACAAGGACGAUCUCUCAAAGUCGGACACACAAUUAAACGCAGCCAUUGUAGCCCCUACAUACUGCUACCCCAUGCUACACCCUGACUACAAUGCUGGCCGCAGCUGUAUCAGUGAUCAGAACUUAUCACAAGAUAAAGGCAGCAGCCGCCUGAGCGAUCGUGGAAUGUUCUCGGACGUGGAUUACGACAUUGAAGUCUCAGAACGUGUGAAGAAAUGGGAAAAAUUUAUGAAGAAAGACCCUCACCAAGUAGGAGCAGAUGUCAAGAAGCCUGUAUCACUGAGCACCAUACAAGAAAAACUUGAAGGUGACUCGCUUAUGAUGCCGAGUGAACUGAGAAAGUCUCUUAGAACAAGCCAACUUUAUGUUGAUUCAGCCAUUUCAGCCCAUCCACAGUUAAAUGUGGUCAACAUAAAGCCUGCCAACUCAGACCCUGCACUGCACUUUAGUGACCACAACCUACUGUCUCGAGAAAACGCACGGAGCGGCAUAGCACUGAACUCGCCUGUUUCUUACUAUACCAACGCCUCCAAUACUUAUGCCCCGCAACUAGCCCCAGUUAGUUACAGCCAGGCCCGAUCUACAAACCCUGUAAGCACAACUAGCGGACUAAUAAUGUCCCCUCAUGAGCUUCGCCAGCAUAUGCUCGCAAAUAAAAACUAUAAAGAAACUGUUACUACGGAAUCCCAAAUGCAAGGUUCAGACAGUGCCCUAGAAAAGGAAAGCGCGGUCAAACGAGUGUCUAGGUACAAGGAUGAAAUGGACGAGCUGCAGGUAGUGAAACAGGAGUCUGUCCGCGACCUGCGCCGGAGGUUUGACGAGAGGAACAACUCUGCUUGUGAAGAUGAACCUCGCGCCGAGACGCGUGUCGCCAAAGUGUGUCCCAGCAGCAAGGAAGACGUCGAUGUUAACUGGGCACAGAUGAUCUUAGGACUGGAAGACAGGAUCAAGGAUAUGGAGGUAUGGUCACCAAAUAUGCAAAGCACUCAAGGUAUCGUUAGUAUCGAGAGGGUCCAAGCGCGGACUUUGCAAACCAUUCCCUUCUCUGAAGACCCUUUUUGGAAAGAAAUUGAAGAAAUGACGACCUUUGACCCGAACAACUUGGGAAGCAAUCAAUCUGUUUCGAGCAGUGCUCAGGGAGAGAUGAAGAGCGUAACACUUGAAAUGCCUUCUCCUCAGAGCUGCACGUUGCCCAGCCAGCCUCGCCAGCAAUCAGGAGUGUCUGUUCGUGAGCGACUUCAGCGAUCGAAAUCACUGUACACGCCCAACAUCACUCCUCUGACGAUCAGUGUUGAUAGCUUCUCAGCUGGAAAGUCAUCCAGUCUUGAAAGAAGUAGCAACACAGACAAAUACAAUGCCCCCAAUGCCCUGGAUGAGGUACUCGAGGACAUCCGGUCUUCUUUAGAAAGAAAGCCUCUCAGUCCCAAGAAGAAGCCAGGUGACAGCUCUGACUCUCACAGGUCGUCUCCAGGACCGUCCUGGACAUCAGAACUUAUAAAAUCAAGGCCAGAAAGGUCACGCGCGCCGAUCAUGGCGGAUGCUGUCCAAGUCAGCAAGUGGGACAGUCCAGGCAUGUCUAGUGUCGGUCAGAGGGGUCAGCCAGUAUCAGCUAUCAUAACCAGCACACAGAAAGCUCCGCCACCUGCAGGUGCUAUGGUCGCUGGUCAGUAUCAUCUUGAUCCGCUGCUGCUUCGACAAAAGUUACUCAGUACUGGUCUAGUGGAAGAAGAGCAUGCUGACGAAGCAUUUAGGCAUCAAGCUCCCAGACAACACACACCUGUCACCGCUUCAAAACCCGUGGCUAUAGCCCCUCCUCAGACAAUUGUCAGAUCGGCUAUCGCUCCUACCCAGCAGCCGCCUCUCCCCUCUAGAACAUUCUUCCAGCAGCAGGAGAAGCUCAGUCAGGUGAAUGAUUCCAUAGAAGAACUUCGCCAGCUUGCAGUGAAUGUUGAGCAGAAGAUUAAUGUCAUAAAAUCACUCCUGUACACCGCGGAUGAUCAAAAUUUAGAUAAAAUUCUGCUUGCUUUGCGCAAGUUUGUUCCAAAUACUGAGCCGCGUUCGCCUGAUAUCCGACCUCGAAACAUGCAUGACUUCUACGUUACCAAGAAAUCGAAGCUAGAAGAUGCCUUGUCGGAACUGGAGAGAAUCUACGACGGUUUGAACCUGAAGGACGACAUACUUACUGACAGGCCGGAAAGAAUGGAAUACCCUCUUUAUAGGAGCAGGUCAUCUGAACCAAAAUCCGAUAUGCCCACAUCUUCAAGUUCGUCGAUUUGUCAAAACCUUCCUGGGAUCAAAUCUUAUUCUGUUUAUAUUUCACAACCGCCAUUAUCGACAAUGCAAGCAAAAACAUUAUCACAUCGAGCUUCCAGUCGGCAGUCUGAGGGAGAAACUGAGAAACAAACUCAGUCUGAAUUUGAUCUUAUCUCCAAAUCCUUUCAGGCAAUUAUCGAUGAAGUUAAUAGAACAGCAUCUCUUGUAUCUAAUGCAUCAAGUUCACAGUCACAAAAUGUCCAGCAACUGCAGAAAGUCACGGAGCCACAUAGUAAAGUGCGCCAGCAAGAACAGGGUAUUGUGAAAACAGCUUCGCCAGAUAUACAACGGCGCAUCGUCAACAUUACUUUGAAGUCACAAGAAGUAAGAUCACCUCCUGCUGUUGCACCCAAGCCAGCAAUAACCACCAGCAGCUUCACAAGCCUUCAAGUAAAACCGUUGGUAUCCACCACUCUGACACAAUCCCCUGUCAAUCAGGUGCCUUUGGAAACAAGACCAGUUCAGUCCGCCAUCGGCGUCGGUGGUACCUUUAAGACGGAGGCAACAGCAGCAAAGAGGACUGAUACUCGCACGCGCAGCCGUUUCCGCGGAAAAGCAAAUGAAGAGGACGAUUUCAGUACCAGAAGAGGACGAUCUAAAUCCUCACCUACUAUUACUCUACACGAUUUUUUGGAUCCAACAUCUCCAGACACCGACCAAGCUCCAACCAAUAAAACAGCUACAUCAGAACUCAACUUUCAAGUGACACCAGUAAUCUGCUCUGAACUCACUGCCGAUAGAUUAGCCAGAAAACCUCCAUCCCAAGCUGAAACUGUACACCCGCUGAAAUGUUCAGUAGCAGAGCUUCAGCUGAAGCCUCGCAGUAUAUUUCAAGAUCCUGUAGUAGACCAGCCUGUAUCUAUGACAACAGCAAGUCAAGCCCAGGUCCAUCAUCCGUCCAUUAUCAAGCCUAGUCCUAAGCCCGCUCCUCCUCUCGACUCAAAGACCAUCGUCUUUCCGGGAACUACAGAUCCCUUUCAAAACACAGUUAGUACUACAGCAUCAGAUGUAAUAAUACCUGCCUCAGAUAAUUCAAAUUCGAAAGUCAAUGAUGUGCUCAGCUCAGAGAGCUCAACAGAGAGCAAAAGUACAAGAGUUAAACGUAUGGGGCGUGGCGUGGCCAUGAUGGUGGAGCUCUUCAGCUCUAGUGACGAGGAACGCUUGCGUAAGACGCAGCCUCUGCACACGCGCAGUGCACCUGAUCUGAGCUCUAACCUGCCUGCUGAUGGCAUGGCCAGUGCUUCAAAAAACAUCAGCAGCAUGAGACCAGCAGACGUUUCCAAGGAGAUGCUGCAGAAAAACCUAUCAAACCAUGAGAUGAAUGCUGCACCCCAAGAACGUCAGCAACCAAGUGCAGACUUGAAUAUCAAGUCUCCCGAUGGUGCACAAGAUGCAAUAACUGCAUCUAGCUCUCAGUCUUCCACUACAGUAGUGUUCGCCAGCCCUAGUCCUGUUGCCAAUGCUCUUAGUGAAAAACAAACCAUGCCCAUAGUUCAGUCUCAGUCCACAAAACCUCCCGUACAUCGUGUGAAACGUUACGAGGCAAGCCUGGACACGUCUUCGGAAGUCAGUCCUACAGCCACGGAGGCCAUCUCCAGCCCUCCGCCAGCAGUUAGCACAAACGUGCCUUCAGCGGAAAUCUCACUGACCACGAAAGUUGUCUUGCGAGAGAGACCAGCAACACCUAGCGACGGACAGAGUGAAGAAACAAAAGCAGUGUCUGCCAACAGGCCUCAUAGUUUUCACGAAACUCUAGCCUCCUUCCAUGUCUGCUGUCAUCAUUCAACUAAGCUGUCCAGACUUCGGAAGUAUGCUUCAGAGGAAGCUGUUAUAGAAAGUGUAGUGACUCGCACUUUCCGUUCUUUCCGCUUACCUCCCUUCGCCUCAGAACCUGACCUGCAUACGUGUUUGGCCAACGCCCCUUCACUGGAAGAGGUGCGACAAUGGAAGCGAUGACUGAGCAACAUGGUGCGAGUGAAUAGGUGAUCAAGUGUGGCAGGUGUUCAGUGUCAUUCUUUUAGCAUCUGAGAUGCAUUGUUGUACUCGACUAAUGCUGACUGCUUUGUUUGCCUAAAUUACCCUGCAGGGUUAGACUGCGGUAAAAUUCGUUUGGACAUUAAUAUUACUAUGUGAUAUAGUUUAUGCAGAGGGAGAAUCAAUGUGCCUUUGUGCAUGAUUGUGACAGCAAUAAUUGUUCUUGCUAAACACUUAUACGAAGGGCAGACAAACAAAUGGACAUUCAAAAUUAAGGCCGGCGUCCACUGCGUUUCAUUUGGCUUCCCUAUAUCAUCAAAAGGGUGAAAUAUUUAGGAUUUUGGGCUAAGUGUCUUCUUUUGCAACUUCGUCUGAUCAGUUCUCAAUCACACCACAUGCUAUUGUUUUAUUAUAAUUCAAAGUCUCUGAGAGAGAUAUAUAUACUGCCACAAUACAUAGUAUGUAUUGUAUCGCAACCUGUGGUGUCAAUUGUCAACGCUGUUAACUCAAACCCAAAAGUAAAAGAAUGCUUACUUUUAGCGAAUACUUGUUUUCGUAUAAAAUUAUUCGUUUCUGAUGAAAUCAGGUACAGUGUAUGAACGCGAAAGACGAUGCUUGCUGUCUGAGAGGCUACGGCGUUGACCGCAUUUCGAAAGAAACGUCUCGCAGCCUCCUGUUUCGUUAUACCUGGAAUGCUUGCUCCAGGUGUUCAUGUGCCUUAUGCCUACUUCAAGUAACUCACUUUCGAAAUGCCACGCACAUCGAGUAACCUGCAGGGUGCUGAUUGGAGUGCCCACCAUCCUUACUUCAGAGAAACUGCUAGCUGGUAGCAAAGGCACAUAACUCAUGUCUUUGCUUUUUCGAAAUUGUACCUAAUUAGAUUGUUGUGUGCCUAUUAUCUCCACCACAAUACAUUUAAACAAUUAGUUUCAAAUACCAAACUCUGCUAUCCACAUUGCUGUUCAGCAUGAGGCUAAAUGUUACAUUCUCUUGCUAUUCAUAAGUUUAGAAUAUUUUAUAUUAAAUUCAUUUCACAUUUCCAUAGAAGACAUUAUGUCUAUGAACAUUAAGAAUAC